AUGUCAGCCUCCGCCAGCCUACCUGCACCACCUCCAGCCUCUGUCCCAGCCAGCUUGUCUGCACGCUCCAUUCAGCCUGUCCCUCUCAGAAAGCCCUCUCAGAGUCCCGCGAGGUCCAGCACCACCUUUUCGCAGAGCCACAUUGCCUCGACUGCGGUAAUUGAUGAGCUUCUACCUCAUUGGCGCAAAUCCCGCGAGCAAGACCCCUCCGCCCGCCCGUCCCUCUACCACGAUGCUUCCCAACCGACCAAGAGCCCCCUUUUCUCACGGAGAAUAGACUGGCUGCCUUCGCCCAAUGUACUUCACUACGUCCCCAUCUCCCUCAGUCCUGAGAUUGCCGCCUCAGGCUCGUCCUCGAGUCACCUGAAGCUCUUUACGCGAUGGCAGAGCGACGAACGAGUCUCUGCCUGGUGGAACCAGGCCUGGAGCGAAGAGGAGCAGCGCAAAUUUCUCGCCGAGGUGCAGGACAAGGAUGACUCACUGGGUCUUGUAGGCUACUGGUCAGACUCUAUAGAGGAGCUCGGAGAGCCGUGGGGAUACGUGGAGCUCUAUUGGGCCAAGACCUCUUCGAUACGAGACUUCUAUGACUAUCCUCAAUUCACUCUUGGAUUCCACGCCCUAGUCGGAGAGAACAGGUUCAGGGGCCCCGACAGGGUACGGGCUUGGAUGGGCAGUGCCGUCUACCUUGCCUUUGCUCUGGAAGAGCGGUGCAAUCUGGUCGUCUCAGAGCCCAACAUCAAGAAUCAGAAGAUGGUUGACUACGAAUGCGAGUGUGGAGGAGUCGUGGAAAAGCCCAUCGAUCUACCGCACAAGCGAGCGGCGCUGGUCUUCUUCCACAAGGACACAUUUCAGAAGCUCUGGCCCAUCGGCGGACGUCAGGCGUUAGGUCGGGAGUAG